UGACAUGGUGGGAGUGUUGUCGUCAGUUGUCAUUUUGUUUUACAAGUUACAAACAUAGAAAUUAUGAAAUGUUACUAAAUACAUAGAGCUCCAAAUUAUUCAAAUAUGCCUUAUUUAAGUGUCUGAUAAUUAUCGGUAUUAAUCUGUUGUAUCUCUCAAUCAUGGAUGAGAAAGAAGAGUUGCAUCUAACCUCGCAAGAAUUGCAAGUUUUGUCGGAACUUGACAGCCGCCAAUUUGGGUUCCUGAAACUCCGUGGGAAUGAACAUGGCCGCACUCGAGCUCUGGUGCUUAAAGCAGUCAAGUAUCUGGAAGGCAUGCUUGUUCAAGUCAAGGAAGAAGAGCGAGCAUGUUCCCCAGGAGCCAGACGGGACAUCUGCAUUGAUCCUAAGACUUAUUGCAAACUGGGACACUUCCAUCUUCUACUGGAAGAUUAUGCUAAAGCUAUGUCAGCAUACCAGAAGUUCUACGCACUGGAGCAAGACAACUGGAAGGAUCCUCUGUUUCUGUACGGACUUGGUCUCUGUUAUUACCACUACAAUGCCUUCGAAUGGGCGACGAAGGCGUUGCAAAUGGCUCUGUACGUGUCGCCGGGGUUCUCCCGGGCGGCGGACGCGCACCUGCGGCUGGCGCUGAUGUUCAAGGCGCGCCGGCACUGGGCGGCGGCGGCGGCGCACUUCCGGCGCGCUCGCCUCGCGCCGCACCAGGACGCCACCUUCACGCGGCUGGAGCUCAGCUUCCACGCCGCUCACCUACUGGAGGCGAAGGGGCUCCGCAAGCUCGCCAGGGACGCCUACGAGCGCCUGCUCAAGGAGCCGCAGCUGUCCUCUUCGCUGAAGGCCGACGUCUGCAGGCAAUUAGGAUGGCUGUACCACCGCUGUGCGUCUCUCGGCGAGCCGGCCGCCCGCGCGCGCGCAGCCAUCUGGUGCCUUCAGCGCGCGGUCAACGCUGAGCCCGACUCGGGCGCGGGCCUGUACCUCCUCGGCCGCUGCUUCGCCGCGCAGGGCAAGGUGCACGACGCGUUCAUAGUCUACAGAAACUCCGUGGAGAAAUCUGAGGGGAACGCCGACACCUGGUGCUCUAUAGGGGUGCUGUAUCAGCAGCAGAAUCAGCCGAUGGACGCGUUGCAAGCAUACAUCUGUGCAGUGCAAUUGGACAAGGGUCACUCGGCCGCGUGGACCAACUUAGGAAGCUUGUACGAGAGCUGUCAGAUGCCCAGGGAUGCCUUCGCGUGUUACACUAAUGGAGGCACGGCGGCUACCGCAUCCAAUGCGGCGUUGAGGCAGAGGCUGGCCUUUUUAAGAGCGCAUCUGGCGCACGCGCCGAUGCCAUCUGUCACCGGGAAACGGCGGCAGCUGCCAUCUAUCGAGGAGGCGUGGAACCUGCCGAUCUCUGCCGAGAUGUCGUCGCGCGCGCCCAAGUCGGCGCCGCCGCCGUACCCCGGCAAGCGGCCCGACGAGCCGCCGCCGCUCACGCACCACCAGCUGCAGACGUUGCAGUACCUGCAAAGGAACUCGCAUAACCUCUCGCCGCACCAACAAGCGUUGAUGCAGCAACUGUUAUCACAGUAUCGUCUCGCGCAGGCAGCGCGGGCGCGUACGGUGACCAAAAGCGAAGGUAGCAGUGCGUCGACCGGCGACAACGCCGAGUCGCUCGCCGAAGAUCUGUUGAAACGAUUCUCAGACUCGCAGCCCGAUAUCAAGAAGGAACCCGUCACAAAGAGCGGCAGCACGGCCGCGUGCGUGGGGGCGGGCGGCGACGUGGUGCUGGGCGGGCGGCAGCCGGUCGUCAAGCUCGAGCCGCUCAAGACCGACCCGCUCAAGCCCGUCGCCUUCCACAGCGGCAUGACCGCCAAGCAGAUACUCGACGCCUGCAAGGAAAACGCGGGUCCCCCCACAGCGUGGUCGGUGCUGGGCGACGGCUGCGGACCGCCGGAGCCGCCCGCCGUGCCGCCGCCGCGCCUGUCGCCCGAGCAGCUGGCGCCGCCCGCGCCCUUCGUGUACGUGGAGUCCAAGCGCGACGCCUUCUCGCCGCAGCUGCAGGACUUCUGCCUCAAGCACCCCAUCGCCGUCGUGCGCGGGCUCACGGCCGCGCUCAAGCUGGACCUCGGGCUGUUCUCCACCAAGACGCUGGUGGAGGCCUGGCCCGACCACGCCGUCGAGGUGCGCACGCAGCUCAUGCAGUCCGCCGACGAGAACUGGGACCCCACGGGCCGCCGCCGCGUGUGGGCCUGCGCCUCGCACCGCUCGCACACCACCGUGCGCAAGUACGCGCAGUACCAGGCCGGCUCCUUCCAGGACUCGCUGCGCGACGAGCGCGAGCGCGGCGGCGCCGGCGCCGCGGCCGGCGCGCUGUCCGACUCCGACGGCCGCGAGUCCGGCUCCGGCCCGGCCAAGCGCCGCCGCGGCGCGCGCAUGCUGCGCUUCGGCACCAACGUCGACCUGUCCGACGAGCGCAAGUGGCGGCCGCAGCUGACCGAGCUGCAGAAGCUGCCGGCCUUCGCGCGCGUGGCCUCCGCCGCCAACAUGCUGUCGCACGUCGGCCACGUGAUCCUCGGCAUGAACACCGUGCAGCUGUACAUGAAGGUGCCCGGCAGCCGCACGCCCGGCCACCAGGAGAACAACAACUUCUGCUCGAUCAACAUCAACAUCGGGCCCGGCGACUGCGAGUGGUUCGGCGUGCCCGACGCCUACUGGGGCGGCGUGCGCGAGCUGUGCGAGCGGCACGGGCUGUCGUACCUGCACGGCUCGUGGUGGCCGGACCCCGACGAGCUGCGCGCGCACGGCGUGCCCGUGUUCCGCUUCACGCAGCGGCCCGGCGACCUCGUGUGGGUCAACGCCGGCUGCGUGCACUGGGUGCAGGCCACCGGCUGGUGCAACAACAUCGCCUGGAACGUCGGCCCGCUCACGGCGCGCCAGUACGCGCUCGCGCUCGAGCGCUACGAGUGGAACAAGGUGCAGAACUUCAAGUCGAUCGUGCCCAUGGUGCACCUCACGUGGAACCUGGCGCGCAACAUCCGCGUGUCGGACCCGCGCCUGCACCGCGCCAUGCGCACGUGCCUGGCGCAGACGCUGCGCGCGGCGGCCGGCACGCUGGCGGCGGUGCGCGCGCGCGGCGUGGCGGUGCGCUUCCACGGGCGCGCGCGCGGCGAGGCGUCGCACUACUGCGGCGCGUGCGAGCGCGAGGUGUGGCACGCGCUGCUGGUGCGCGAGCACGAGCGCCGGCACGUGGUGCACUGCCUGGCGUGCGCGCGGCGCGCGUCGCCGGCGCUGGCGGGCUUCCUGUGCCUGGAGGAGCACCACGUGGACGAGCUGGCGCAGGUGUACGACGCGUUCGCGCUGCACCGGCCCGCGCCGCCGCCGCCCGCGCCCGCGCCGCCGCCGCUGACGCCGGACUGAGCGCCGCGCGCGUGGCGCCCCCCCAGUAUUAGACGCCGACCGCCUCGAUCGUUCCGUGUGCGUGUGUCGAUCCCGCGCGA